AACAUCAUUUUAAGGCGGAGCAUGAAGAUGCCUUAUAAUAAUCCUUCAAGCACUCUGUGCCACAUUAUUGGAUUUUGGUGUGACUUAACCAGACUCAAGAAAGAAAAGUAAGCAGUGAAAGAUUUGAACAAAACGUCAUGGAAAUAAUAGUAAAAGAAAUCAACGGAAACACGACACGGCUGACUGUGGACCUCAGUGCCACAGUUGGUGACCUGAAGCAGAAGAUCUCGCAGCACUUUAAUGUGCAAACUUCUCAACAGAAGCUGUCUGCAAAUAAUGGUCAACGACACAACCUUGAUGAUGAUUCCAGAAACCUCAGUUUUUAUGGUUUGAGCUCUGGAUCCACAAUAGCGCUCCUCAUCACGAACCCUGUACCCAUCAAGCAGGUGUUUGUCAAGAACGAGAAGGGCCAGACAAGCACUUAUGAUGUGGACGUGGAUGAGACUGUAGAUCAGCUCCGGGAAAAGAUCUACAACAAACAGAGAGUCCCUCUGGAUCAGUGGAGUCUGGUUUGCGAUGGUAAAGAACUGAAGUCUGGCAUGAAGUUGAAAGACUACGGCAUUAAAGAUAAAAGCACAAUGCACAUGACUUUACGUCUCCGAGGAGGAUAAUGGAGAAAUAAUUUAUUUGUGGUUACUGGGACUAAAGAUGUCGAAGUAUAUUUGUUACUGAAACGGAUUUAUUUAAAACAUAUCAUAUUAAUCUAAGAAAAAAUUAAACUAAAGCACUUUAGUCAUUCGGCUGUAAGUUUAAAUGCAGUUAUGUAUAAAUCGCUAACAGUAGACAAUGUUUAAAAUUGGUGUUCAUUUAUGAUUAUUUAUGUAUUUCAUGUGUAAAUAUUUUUAAUUUAAUAAACUUAUAUAUGAAGCUA